UGAGUUUUUAAAGUUUUUAGCAGCUUUGUUUGAGGCUUUUUCGUUGAAUUUUAAAACCAGUCAGGCUUUCGCGACAACCUGGACGUUUAGGGUCAGUCAGGAAUGUUGGCUAUGGAUGCUUUUUGACCUGGACACUCAUCCUACUUGUGAAACUUGAUUCUGUAUGAAAGCACUGUCAUGUCAUGUUCAGUCAGAUCUGACGGGAAAGUCAGAAUUUACCAAAACUAUGAAAGAGGCGGGGGGAGCAUUUGGGCCAACUGGGGCUCAAAAGGGGAAACCGUCUGUGCAGGAGAUCGACCAGGGGGUUUCUCGCAGGUAUGUAUUUGAAGAAAGACGGACAUUAAUGGUCAUUUGUACCUUCUGUGGAAAUGCAAGGGUUCCAAUCUUCAGGGUUGCAGUUUGUAAAGUUAAACAGUAACAAAUUAACACCAAUAAUUUGGUUUAUUUAGAAUAUCAGAGAAAUGUUUAUUUAUUUAUUUUUUUAUUCUUUUUGUCCAUGUUGCUCCUACAUUCAUAAAUGUAGGAGCGCCAUUAAAUAUUUAGCAUUCAAAUUAAAUAUUUGAAUUUCCAAACUAAAUAUUUAAGUUGGGGCUUAGUUUGCAAACUAGAUAAUUAGCGUUCUAAUUAAAUACUUUAUUUGAAAGUUAAAAAUUUAGUUUGUAAACUGAAUAUUUAACUCCAAAUUACGUAUUCAGUUUGGAACUCUGACAUUUAUUAAUGUAUGAAUAACAUAGUGAAAAUAUGACUUUGAAAAAUGAACACCCUUUUUGUUUUUUGUUUUUUAGCACAGGCUGAAAAAAAUAAAUUAUUGCCGUUAAAUUUUGUAUUGUGCAACUUUACAAACAACACCCUAUACUGAGUUGUUGUCUUCUAAAUGCCAUGUUUUUUUUAAGUUAUUGACUAAAUAAUAUUUUACAUCAAAAUUGUUCAGAAUAUUUACGUGAAUCCAUCGUUUUUUUAACUGAGGGCAGAAUGAAGGUCAACUUUCUGGCGUUCAUUCUGGGCCUUCUGUGGAGCUGCUCAGUCCAGAACAGGAUAUGUAUAUUUAAGUUUACUGGAUGUAAAAUACAGACUCACUAAUCUUAAAGUGCCAAUUUCUAUGGAAAGGAAAAGGAGGUCAUAAUGAAUCAGGCCAUGAACACGCCCUCAGACUAAUAUCUGACAAUUUUUGAGUCAAUUACAGCACAUCAUCAGAGUGAGUAUUUCCUCACUCCACCUUGCAAAAGUUCUCUAAACAUAUCAGACGUGCAGGACAUUUCUUGCCCAUAACGUUUUUUUAAUAUUUUUUUUUUAUCUGUGUCAGUACCACAGAUCUAUUCAUUUUAGUUCUGAAUUCUAUCUAGGUUACUUCAAAACUUACAAGAUUGGACUCAGAAAAUCCAUGUUAAAAACACAGACUGGACGCACUGGUUCAGUCAGGAAUGUAGCUUUUGGGUGUUUCUAGCCUGGAAGCUAAUCGCACCAGCAGAACCCGUUUCUGCAGGUCUAAAUUUCUGUCUUGCUGUUCAGGCGUUUCUCUUGCCCAGUCCGACCUGACAGGAAAGACCACAAACUACGAGAGAGGAGGGGAGGCCGGGUUUAAAAUGGGGAACCUUUCUGUAGAGGAGGCUGAGCCUCGCUAAGGUUCGCUCACCACAGAGGUGUGUCUUUUGAAGAAAAACUAAGACCAUUGCUUACAUUUAUGCUUAUAAGAGGUCAGAAUGAAGGCUCCGCUCAUCUACCUUGGGUUCCUUCUGUUGAGCUGCUCGGUCCAGUCUGGGAAAGCAGCUUUGCCUGAAGAUUGCUCAGAGAUUCAGAGACAGUCGCCCCAAUGGACCAGCGGAGUUUAUGACAUCCAGCCAGCUGGAAGCAAUGCUCCAUUCAAGGUGUACUGUGAGAUGCGUCCAGAUGGUGGAUGGAUAGUGUUUCAGAGACGAAGCGGACCGGUGGUGUCCUUUGCCAGGAAGUGGGACUUUUACAAAUACGGUUUUGGAUCUCUGGCAUUUGACCACUGGCUCGGUUUGGAGAGAGUCCAUCUUCUAACUAAAGACAAUUAUAAAGAGUGGACUUUGAGGGUGGACCUGUGGGACCAUGAAGGCGGCACUGCGUACGCUGAGUAUAACAACUUCAAAAUUGGAAAUGAGGCGACUGCUUAUAAGUUGCAGGUUGGGAGAUACAGCGGAAAUGCAGGCAAUGCCAUCCUUGGGACUUAUCCGGGCGACAACCAAAACGGCUUCGGCUUCAGCACCAUUGACCACGACAACGACGGCUGCUCCCCGUGUAUAUUUGGUGACAUCAUUAGCGCGGAGUGUGCCUCCACAGAAGGUGGGGGCUGGUGGUACAGCCGCUGUGGCUCUGCCAGUCUGAAUGGUGAAUGGCAUCCUACCGGCAACCACAUCGGCUGGUCUUCGGGUCUCCACUGGCUCACGUGGAAGCCUCCCGCGCCAUAUUCAGCGAAGGCCACCAGAAUGAUGAUCAAGCCCAAUUGAUUCUGCUUUUUCAUUUUGGAUUUAUGUUUUCAAUUUGGCAGACAGCGGAUGUUAUGGGUUUUUGAAGAGAAAGUUCAACCAUGGAAGUUUUCAAUUCAAAAAUCUAAAUGAAAAUAAAGGUUUUUGUGUGUUUGGCA